UAGCCCACCCUUCCAGCCUUGCAGACCAUGAAUGGGAUGGCCAAUGUGAAUCCCGCCAGCCGCCCUCACUACGCCUCCUCCAUCCCGGUGCCUCGUGCCUCUUCCCAGACCAGGAUUCCUACACCGGGUGCUUCUCCCCAGCUGCGGCCGCGCCAGACCGGCCUGGCCCUGAGCCCACAGAGAGCGGCCUCCCCCAGACUGGGAAAGGCUGCAGGUCCUUCUAGAAACUCCUCUCCUAGGGCCUCCCGGGGGAGAGGCUCUCCCAAGUUUGCUGGAUCUGUGAGGGAGUCAGCCGAGGAUGGGGAAGGCUCCUCCAGCUCCCCAUGGAAUAGUCCCAGGACAACCCCGAAAGCAGUCCUCUCCAGCCGGGCUGGAUCCGGAAGAAUUGGGGAGAGACAAAGCACCCAGGGAAAGAAGAAGAAAGCCCAGGAAGGGACUCCAGUCUGCCAGACCCGGGGCAGAAGCCCUUCUCGGACGAGCUUUCACGCAGAAACUCAAAUACCAGAAGUUCGGAAGCCUCCCAGCGGCCCAGGAAAAGACCAAAGAGAUAUAAACUACAAAAGUUCUGGGACCCCCAGGUCUUUGGAGCCUGAUGAGCGGGCAGCUUCAUGGGCUUCCUCGCCAGUCUGCAGCCCAGCGCAGGGCAAGCGCCCCUCUCCCUCUCCAGGGGCCAUUAGCUUCUCCUCGCUCCAUCAACAGAGUCAGCCAGUCACAGCCACGGUGGCUCCCUUCCAGUACAGGUUGCAAACUGACCAGAAACCUGGCCCCCUCUCCCAGGGCAGCUGGGCCCUUGAUGGCUACACUGAGCCCCUCCAUGAGACUGAGGAGAGCUUCUCCUGCAUGGGUAAGUGCUCUGGGGGAGACUUCCUCCUAGGCUUUGUCUCAGUGCCCUGCUCCAGCGGGGCAAAACUGGGGCUUAGAACACAGCCCGACCCUGAGAUCAUUGAACAGGAUGGUGUACUGCUUCUGUAUUCUCUGUGCCCUGCUGGGCAGGAGCUGCAGCCUGCAGCCUCGACUCGGGCUGGCUGGCUGAGUGCGGCCGGGGCGCUGCCGGGCAGUGCGGUGUCCACGGGACUGACAGGAAGGCAGGCCGCGGGCUGGGAUCCGGACACCAAAGCACCGCAGGGCGCCGGAGGAGCCGCGGGGCUUCCAUCCUUCCUUUGA